AUGCCAUCAUCUCAGUCUGUUAUAGGAUAUCUACACGUCCCUGGUGUCUUCAUUGUUCCUGUCGCUCACCUGCACAAACUCUGUAUCGCAACCGCCCUAUACCACAUCCAAGUUCAGGCCGCAUCCCAGCGUGGAUCCAGUCAGAUCUAUCGCAUCAUCUCAAAGGAACGUGUCAUGAGGAGGAAAUCUCGCGUUUCCAGAGACUCACCCACGCCGUUGAUUUCACUCGCGGCUCAGGAGCUCUUUACCCGCUCUGAGCCCUCGUUAACUGCAUCUUCUAAUGCCCAAGUCGAAAACGCCAUGUCCGAAGUCGAUGGCAUGCUUAAGGAGCAGAAUCACCAAGAUGCUACUCGACCAGCUACAAGCAGGGUCGUCAGUGCAUCCGUUAUGCGUUCAGUCGUGUCAAACUCAGACAAUUCCUCCUCUUCUUCGGACGCGACCCCUUGGUCAUCGGCUAUUGGUCAUGCAGGAACUGGAAAGUCGGGCAGAGUGAUCGAGCGGCUACAAGGAGACAUCGAUAAAUUACGCCGGGAGAAGCAAGUGUUGAAGAUGCGUCAUGAGGAGGCCGAGAAAUCCAAGGAGACGCUUGCAGCGCGAAACCAAUCACUCCAAGAUCGGAAUAGCAUUUACGAGCAAACUCACGAAGCCCACGACCGACAAUUAAAGAGAAGAGAAAGGCAGGUCAGAGACCUACAGGACGAGCUCACGAAAGAGAAGGCCAAGACAGCUCACGCACAAUCCCAGGCAGCUGCAGCCGCAGAAAGCGAGGAGAUAUGGAGGAACGAAGCCAGCCAGGCCAAGGCUCUCGCUGCCCAAAGGGAAGCUGAAUACGAAACGAUUGUAGCGUGCCGGAAGAUGGACUACGACCGACAUCAAGGUGGCCUGGAUAAGAUCCGAGCUCAAUUCAACAACCUGCUUCGCCGCACUGAGGAUGAUGCAGAGAAGCAGAAAAAGCUAGAGAUCGUGGCAGAGCAGCAGCGGCAGACAAUAUCAACCUUGGAAGAUCUUACCAGGAGGCUCACUACAAACUUCAAAACAUACCGAGACCAAAUCGAUACUGCAAUUACCGAACUCAAGGCAAAAGCGGGCAGUAACGAUGCUGCCAUCACACAAAAAGUAGACGAGAUGACCGAGGUUACAGGUCGAAUGCGCUGGGUGAUGAAAGUCGAGGACGUGGUGAACCAUGGACAGAGUGCUUUGGCCUCACAACAGAGUCACCCAGUUAACGGUCACAGUGAAGUCUCGGAUCAGCGCAGCGAAAAGUCUGGUAGGAGGAGUCCAACCAAAUUGAUCAAGCAUCGGCGAAAAGAUUCAACCAAGGUGUCCAAAUGAAGGAUCUUACCCUGCGUUGAGCUCCUUUGAGAUCACGCCGAGGUCGAGAAGGCACCUUGAUGUCACGUUGAACUUUGAGCUGAAUGGAUGAUGAAAUAUACGACGCGAUGACCAAAUACUGUGUAUGGCUAAAGGGCAAAAUGCCGCAAGAAUAGACGUAGGCACUUACUGCAUAAUUAUACUUCUUCCG